AUGAACCCAGAUUUUACCGUAGACGAGCAGGCAGAACUUCUUGCUUUCGACAUUAGAUGGGAGUUUCCUAUUGAGAAAUUAAAAUUAGAUAAGCAAUUAGGAAGUGGGGCUUUUGGAGUUGUGUAUAAAGCAGAGGCCUAUAGGAUUCUCCCAAACGAGUCGGUUACAACGGUAGCUGUGAAAACUAUUCGCAAAAAUGCAGACUCAAUGUAUUUAAGUGCACUGGCAAAGGAGCUUAAAAUUAUGGUUUAUUUAGGACAACACUUAAAUGUCAUCAAUCUUCUGGGCGCUUGCACCAAAAAUAUAGCCAAACGUGAACUUUUGGUGAUAAUUGAGCUUUGUAGAUUUGGAAAUCUUGAAAGCUAUCUCGUGCGUCAUCAAAAAAAUUUUAUUAACCAAAUUGAACCAACUACAGGUAAAAUCGUCACUUAUGUGGGAAAAAAUUUAAAGAGAAAAAGACACGAGGAUUAUGAAAAUUUAACUACGGCCUUGUCUGACAGCAGUUCAAACGAUAAUCACAGCAUUCACUAUUCAGAAACUUCGAAAUUCAGCGGCCCGAUUGAAUCCAGUGAUGAUUUGAUGAAUGAAGACUCGGAGCCAGGUUGGCGUUCUAAUUAUGAAGGUGAUUACACAGAAGAAGAUUUUUCGUUUCUCUGCACUGAGGAUCUUUUAAUAUGGGCUUAUCAAGUGGCAAACGGCAUGAAGUUUCUUUCAGAACGAAAGGUGCUGCACUGUGACUUGGCUGCAAGAAAUAUACUGUUAGCAGAGAACAACAUCGUCAAGAUCUGCGAUUUCGGUUUAGCCAAGACAUUGUACAAAGACGAAAACUAUAAGAAGCAAUGCGAUGGGAAGUUACCCAUAAGGUGGAUGGCCAUUGAGUCCAUCAGAGACGGAGUCUUUUCCACUAUGUCAGAUGUGUGGUCAUUUGGUGUAGUACUCUGGGAAUUUUUCUCUCUUGCACAAAUACCUUAUUCAGGCGUAGGGUUUGAGGUGAUGUAUCAGAAAUUAAUUAGGGGAUACAGAAUGUCUAAGCCUGCUUAUGCUACCGAUGACAUAUACAAUAUUAUGCUCCAUUGCUGGGAGGAAGAGCCAACAUCGAGACCGUCUUUUACAAUGCUGUUGGAAAAAAAAGAUGACAAUCAAGCAACAGCAUCAUUGUCUGAAGAUAUGACGAUUCCGCUUAACCGGCGUAAAUAUGUUAAUACGUUGCCUUAA